AUGUUCAACACGGAAGAGCUGCAAGCUGCAUCGCUAGUUGGUAUAAAUAGCGAUUGUUUGCGUGCAUCUACAGUCAAAACCAUCAAAAUGCUGACGCUUUUCAUCGUUGGUUGUUUGCUCGCGACGGGAGCAUUCGCGCAAGAUCCCCGAUGUCCUGCGAUUUGUGAUCCGCUGGACCAGCCAGUUUUCUUGCCACACGAAUGGGAUUGCAGUAAAUACUAUGUAUGCAGCAAUGGUUACGCUGUAGAAAUGCAAUGUCCUGACCCGCUGUUAUGGAAUCAAUCGAUAAAUGUAUGCGAUUGGCCCUGGGCAGUAACUUGCAGUCUGCCUCCUACAACGACAACGACAUCUAGACCUCCUCCUACGCCACCGGCUGGCUGUCCAGGUUCUUCUUAG